GUCCCUGGAGGAGAACAAGAAGAGUAACUUUUUCUUCAAGUCAGAGAUGAGGAAUAAAGGGUGGGGUAGUACAGUAAGGAGUACAGUGUGACCUGAGAUGACUCUGGAAUGAGGACCUGUAUUCUAAAACUCUAGGAUAUUUACUACAGGUGGAUCCUGGGAACAGCAGGAAUUGUACUUGUUGAUAGCAUCUACUUCAGGAUGUUACUGAGAGUCACUACCGUCCUGUUGGUCUGGACUACCCUGGUGGUCAGCGAGCGGGUGUAUGUGCACCCAUUCUACCUCCUCACCUAUAACCAAAGUAGCUGUGAUGAGCUGAAUGAAGUGAAGGAAGAGACCCUUGAAGAACAGACCUUCACUCCUGUCCCAAUACAAGCGAAGACGUCCCCUUUGGAUGAGAUAACCCUGAAAGACCAGUUGGUAUCUUUUGGCCAAACUCUAGAUUCAGAGGACAAGACGAGGUCAAUUGAAGUGGGGUUACUGCUGAACUUGGUGGGUUUCCGCAUGUACAAGAUGCUGAGGGAGAUGAUGACCUCAGCCAAUGGAGCACUUCUCUUGUCCCCUUUUGGUCUCUUUGGGACCCUUUCUUCCUUCUACUUGGGUUCUGUGGACCCCACAGCCAGUAAUCUCCAGACAUUUCUGGGUGUCUCUUCACAAGACAAGAGCUGUACCUCUAAACUAGAUGGGAACAAGGUCCUGUCUGCCUUGAAGGCUGUCCAGAGCCUGCUAUUAGCCCAAGAAAAGAAGGGCAGUUCCAGUCUGCUCCUGACCACAAUGGUGGGCCUGUUUACCUCCCCUGACCUGCGGCUACAGCAGUCAUUUGUGCAGGGCUUGUCUCCCUUUGCCAAUGCCAUCUAUUCCCGCUCUCUGAAUCUGGCCACCGACCCAGACCUUGCUGCAAAGAAAAUUGACAUGUUUGUUGGGGCUGUCACGGGAUGGACAAGGAAGACUCGGCUGACUGGGAUUAGCUCAGACACCACACUGCUCUUUACUACUUACACACACUUCCAAGGAGCAAUAAAGGGAAUCUCUCUGUUGGCAGAGCCUCAGGUGUUCUGGAUAAACACCACCACCAGCAUAUCCGUGCCAAUGCUUUCAGGGACAGGUAUAUUCCAGUAUGGAAAUGACAUCAGCAACAAUUUCUCUAUCAUUCAAAUACCAUUUAAUGAGAAUGCCUUCAUCCUACUGAUUAAGCCUCAAGAUGCUGACCUAGAGAAAAUCGAGGAUUUUAUUUUGAGUCAGGACUUUUCAAGUUGGAAAAAACAUUUGUCCUCCAGGAAGAUCCAUUUGACCCUGCCAAAGCUGCUACAAGAGAGCACCUAUGACCUGCAGAAACUGCUUACUUAUACCAAACUGCCUAAACUGCUUGGAGAGGAGGCAAAGCUGAGCAAAAUAAGUAGUGUAAACCUCAAAGUUGGAAAGGUGAUGAAUACAGUUCUUUUUGAACUGAAAGAGAGUCAGGAAGAACAAGAAAAGCAGAGUCCAGGUGUUCCCUUGGAAGUGAAGCUGGAUAGUCCAUUCUUUUUUGCUGUCUAUGAGAAAUUAUCAAAAGCCUACCUUUUCUUAAGCCGUGUGACAAAUCCACUGACUGGUGUUUGAGAUCCCAUGAUUACACAUAUCCCCAUAACAGAAGUCAAAUUAGAGGAUAAUCCUAAACUUCCAUAAGAUUUAAAACUGUUAUUCCCCUGCCGACUUCAGGGCUCUGUCAAAACUACUGCCAGUAACUCAGAACAGCAGCAGAUGGCAUAAACACUAAAUUGUCACCAAUUUCCACUUUUUCUUCUAAUUAUUCAACUGUGAGCUAGUGAGAAGACCUUUUUCCUUAGUAAAUAGGAUAAUUAGUAGCAUGAACUUGUGUGAUGGCAUAAAUAAGCUUCAACAAGAUUCCUUUUUAAGAUCCAGUAUGUUCCAUGUUGCUGCUGCUUUUAGCAAGAUUUUGAGAAUUGUAUUUGGAAAUUGAAAAGAUUCAUUUUUAGAGAAGAAAAUUUUGGUCUUAGAAUUAAAAUAUUGCUUGCUGCCUGUAUUCAGACCCAUUCCAUUUCACAUUUAUGAAAGUUAUUAAAAUGUAGUCAGAAAAAAAGGCUCUUUAUUUUAACAACAACAAAAAAAGUUGAGGUAAGUAUAUGUGCUAGAAAACCAGGAGAAAAUCCAUGAAU